ACUCAUUCUUUGCAGGAGGAGCACAUCGGGCAAUGCCUUUAAGAGCAGCGCCACAUGACAAAGUGUCAAAAUUACUUGACAGCAAAUCCCUUCCUGUGGAGUGGAACUGAAUAUAUGAAAAGGAUCUCUUUGCUUCAAUGUGUGUGACAGAGGAGUCUGGUGUUUUCCAUUGUCAAACACGUACCAGAUGACCAUCCUUGUGUCAACCCUGAUUCAGAGCAAAGCUAAGUUGCAGGUAAAGUGUCUGUGUGUACUUGUGUUCCUGAGCUUCCCUCUGACUAUGGCUGAAGUCCCUGGUCCAUGCAGACAUUCCAUCACAAGGGAGCACCUGCUGACAGUCAGGCAUCUGAUGGAUAACCAGUUGAGAAGUGGGUGCUCGAUAACCUACACAUUCAUAGAACCGAGAAGUUUGAGCAAAUGUUGCUUUGUGAAAGCUGCUUUACCCUGGAUCCUGGAGCUCCUUACCACCCACUUCAAAUACAGUCGGGGUUCAGUCAAUGAUGGCUACGUUCAGUCCCUGAGAGCACUUAUCCUCAACAUCUACUCUCAGAAAUGUGUGCCUCAGAUUAAUGAAGAGGUUGAGGACAAGCCAGAGAGUUUUGAGAUGCUCUACAGAGGGUCUACUUCAGAGGCCCUGCAGAGGGCUUCAGAGGUGCUGUCCGUUUACUGGGAGCUGGUGACGACGAGCGACACACCAGUAGACUGGAGAUGCCAGCAGGAAUACACAGAAAUCUUUGGCUCUACCACCGAGCUAUACACAGAGUCAACCACAGAACAUUUUACAGACAGUCAUGCUAGGAACUCUGUGAAGGCCUCGCAGAGAAGACCAGUCAGAGACCUGUACAAGCUUGGCUUCAUCAUUGUCUCUAUCUGCGGAGGACUGCUGUUCAUACUCACUCUCUACUGUCUCAUCACACAAAAGAGAUUUCACAACCCUCACAGAUCAAGAUCAUAUACGAACUUCAGGAGAAACCUGCAGGACAUAGAGAUGGAGCCACAAUAAUGCAGCAAAGAGCUCAUCGCUGCAGCAGCAGACGGAGCACUUGUGAAGCUGCCCGUUUUAAUCUUGAAGUUUUUAUAUCAAUGUUGUGUGUUUAAUGUGCCAUGCUCACCUAUUUAAUCAGAAGCUUGGCUUUGACUGAGAGCAAAGAUGGACUUUAUAUGGAAUAAUAUGGUAUGUAUAUUAUGUUUAUGCGUUAUGUAUUGCAAAUAUCUUUUCACUAAAAAAAGUUUUAUUUUUACACUAGUUAUGUAUGUUGAAUGUCUUUCCAUUGGCUACCACUUAACCAACUGUUUGUAAUGUUGUUUACACAAGGUAUUUAUUAGUUUGACUCUAUUUAAUCACCGUAAUGAUAAUAAAGGUUUUAUUAAUACCAAAUAUAAUGCUUUCCAACUGUCAGUGCAUACAAGCACAAUGGAAUCCCAUUUAAAGAGCAGGAAUUAACCUUGUUAAAGGGUUAGGGCUACCUUAUAGCCCACAUUCUGUUUGACUUUAUACUUUAUGAGGAGUCAGAAAAUGUUCUAUCCUUGUCAAGGCAGUCGUUCCCCUCAUUAUCAGCCUACAUUAUUGAUCACAGUCUUCAUGCAGUCAACUUUUAAAAGCUAUGAUUUGUUUAUUGAGUUGUUUUUUUUUAACACAACAGUGGGUUUCAACAUGAACUCUGAAGAAUAUUCUGUUAAUGAUAAAACACACCAAGCUGUUGUUACUGGCAGAGAGAUGGAGAUACGAUCCCGAUAGAUACACACCGGUCGCUGCUGCAGCUACACAAGUAAUGUCUUUACUUAACAGGGCGUGACAGGAGUUGUUGGAUAAUGAUAACAGAGAGAGAAAGAGAAAGAGAGAGAGAGAAAAGAGGGCAGUGCACAUGCAUUCCCUCGUGUUGUCAUGACGUUCACUCAUGUUUACUCAGUGAAAAAUUCCCACGUGAUUGUGUGCAUGUGUGUUGGCCUCUAUUUUGUUUUUUAAGAAUCUGUGUAGGAAACAGAGGAAGUAUAAAAAAGUCUUACCUCCAAGCCUCUGCAGAACCUUGCGCAGCCAGCAAUAUAUUAUGAUUUAUAACAAAUUUAAUUUCACAGGCUACCGCUUAUCAGUGCGCAACCGCUGUUGCACUGGCAGUAAUCCAUUCCUCAAUCCUUAAACUUUGCACCAUUACAAAACAAGGAAAGUAUUUCUGUAAUUCACUUUAGUGCCUUACUGCAGAGGAUUAAAGGCAGCUGUGCAAGAUGAAAAGGCAAGUCUUCAACAGUAAGUAUGUGGGAUCUGCCUAAGACCAGUUAGAGUUGUCAAGAGGGCUGCCACCCUUUUUCUUUAACCCAAACUUUCUGACACUUUUAUCGUCAAAUGUCACUGUUAACAGUCAGGGGCAAAAAUAAAUCUGGAAACUGAUUUUUCUUUCAGUGUAAUAAUAGGUUCAAAGAUAAAAGAUUCACAAAAAAAUGCAUAUUUCAUAGCGUUCCUGCUAAGUAGGUACAAACUGAAAUGCGCCAAUUCUCAUAUUAUAAAUCCUGAUAAUACGUCACUGACUGUCAAGCACAAAUUAUUACAAUACACAUGGGCUCAGAAAUUACAGCCCAAAAAGCCUUUUAAAAAGUGAGUGUUUUGUAGUUAUCAAAACACACACUACAGCUAAAAUAAAAGAAAAAAAGUUAUAAGAUACAGUUAUUACAGCCUUGAUACCAAUAUAGGAUUAUCUUUGGAUAAUUCAGAGGUUUAUUUGAGGAGGAAUACAUGUUUUUCACCUGUUAUAUACACUUGAUCACACAACAAAUAGUAUUCCAUAGAUGGCCGGCACAGUCAAACAAUAGUGUCACUGAUCACAUGUUAAAGGGACCUUGACAAAUAGAUGCUCAACCUGCUGUUUUAUCACCUUGUGCCACAUGGUGGAGGCAAAGAUCCAAACUGAAUCUCACACUGAUGACAGGAAGUUUUAUAAAGGUUUUACUUUGCCAGACACGAUACAAGUAGAACUUGUCAUCGGCUACAUUGUAUUUAUGCUCUGGGUUAUAUUUUUGCCAGAAUACUGGAACUGAGUUUGUGGAAAGGAUGUCAGUCAUCUGGGUUUUUCUCAUUCGUGUGUCUGUCAUCUGGAAACUGUGACUAUACAGCUCUGGUAUUUCCCUUUGACUAAUACUGGAACAUCAUUCAAUCAUUUG